AUGGAUGCCUUAAUAUCUGCCCUCCUCCUUCUGAAGUCGACGGAGACCGGCACAAGUGACAAAGCAUGCUCGCCUGAGGUCGUGAGCGCUUCCAUCAACUAUAGCACACGAGAUGAGGUAGAGACGUUGACCGUGGACUUUGCAGCCAUGGAUAAACCGGAAUCUCCUGUCAUGCUGGAUACGUCACCGGAGUCCGAAAAGGACGUAAUCAAGGCACCGCGAGACGAGGCCAUUGCAGCGGCAUCGCCGGCUUUGGCUACUCUGAGCGGAAUCCUUCGCAAGAUCGAGUGGAUGGGAGCCUCGGCAUGGUUCGACGAUCAGGUCGAGCAGGCAUCGACCGCCCCUCCGCGGACGAAGCGAGGCAAGCCAAUGAAGCGAGUCUCUACUGCGGUCCUGGACCGCUUGCUUAACGAAGCGAAUGGAACUGGCUUGGAUGCGCCCUCUGAGCGACCCACAGACAGAAAGGACCAACAACGCAAAACCUUCAUCGACAAGUGCAACAAAGGGAAGAGGUUGCGCCAGAUCGUCAAAGUCCUGGGCACAGGUGUUCUCUUCUACCGCCGUAUUUGGGACCUAUUGAAAAUAGCUCAGGACCAGGUAGAAGAUGUGGUCUCCCACCUUUCUACUGACCCCGCGAAAGCUACCACCCUCGCCCUUCUCGGUGAGCAGGUAGAGCUUCUGGUUGGGAACGGGCGGCCGAACACCGCUAAAUUCCUCGACGCGGUUGACGCGAAGUCACUCUUGAAGAAUGGACUGCAUCAGGCCCUCGGCAAGCGAGAGCUCGACCACAAGGAUACUAUUACCUUGUCCGGUAAAUCGAUUCCAGGUGACUCUUUCAACAGGCUGGGCACAGGCGAGUGGUUUGACAUCUGGCUACUGGAGGCCGCUCUUGAAAUCCAGGACCGGCCCGCCUGUGUCAAACUGUUGCCCUGCGUGUCCACGCACGAGCUGGUCGAUGGCAAAGUCAAGCCCAUUAAGGCACCUUUCCGAAGACUAAGGAGCGAAAUUCAGUCUCUCAGCCAGUGGCCUCAGGAUGGAUUUAUCUUUCUGUGCCCCUUAUGCGUCAACGCCAACCACUUUACACUCCUUGAAAUCAACGAAAGAGAAGGCAUGAUAUAUCAUUAUGACUCCCUCUCAAAUCGCUCGGGUAGGUCCGGACUCUCCAGAGGCGACCCAGUUCGAAACGCGGUACAGGAGGAGAUGAAGAGCCUCGGCUUUAAUUAUGAAGAAGCGCCCGCAGCAGCAGGAUUGCUCGAGCUGCGGCCCGAUGGUCUCCUCCAGCGGGUGAGGUUGAAGCGCUGGAUUACAAUUGUGCAGUGA